AUGGGCCCCUGUACCGCCUCCUCAUGCUGCUGCCAGGCCCGUAAUCUGCCAUGGGCCCCCGUACCGCCUCCUCAUGCUGCUGCCAGGCCCGUAAUCUGCCAUGGGCCCCCGUACCGCCUCCUCAUGCUGCUGCCAGGUCCAGAGUCUCUCAUGGGUCCCUGUACGGCCUCCCAUUGCUGCUGUCUCCAUCGCCACACUCUGCCAUGUGCCACUUUCAGGUCUCCUAAGACUGCUGGUGGGUUCCAUUUUUGUCAUAGGGUGCUGUAUGGCCUCCCAUUGCUGCUGCCUCCACCGCCACACUGUGGCUCCACACUCUGGUUUUGGCCCCGUGACUGCCCAAAUGAGUGAAGUGUGCGGUGAUUCUAAGAUCGACGGCACUCAUCUGCAUGUCAUACUGACUGACAGUAUUAUUUCUCUUCCCCAGCAGACUCCAAGGGCAUUUAAAUUAAAGGUACAGUGUUCUGCACUAAUAUAA